UAUGUGGCACCUAUUUAAUUAUCUACGCGACAAUCGAUUUUUUUUUAUUCAAAAAUAAAGUAGAACUUAUUUUUCAUUGGCCGAAACCAUUAGUAAUCCUACGUGACGCUCUAAUAAUUCAGCAAAUAUGCUUAUUGGAUUAAUGUUUGAUUUUUAAAUUGAAUUUUAUUUAUUUUAUUUUAGAUUAGUGUUUAAUUUUGGAUGAAUUUUAUUUUAGAUUUAUUUUUUUAAUUAUUAUAGUGUUUGAUUUUAGAUGGAAUUGUAUAUAUUAGUAAUUAAUUAAUUAAAAUAUCUAUGUGGCACCUAAUUAAUUAUCUACGUGGCAAUCGAUUUUUUUAAUUCAACAAUAAAUUAGAAAUCUUAUUUUUUAUUGGCCGAAACCAUUAAUAAUCCUAUGUGGCGCUCUAAUAAUUCAGCAAAUAUGCCUCCUUUAUAUAUAUAUAUUAGAUUUGGCCUAUAUGCUUAUUAUUAUAAAAUAGUUAUAAUUGGACAAUAUUAUCGGAUCAAUUCAAUUCGGGUUAGGUUAAAAUCUUGAGUACAUUUUGGGUCAAGCAAUUUUCUUAUAGUUAGAAUAACUGUUUUUCGGAUCAGUUUUGGUAGGCCCAAGCCUGGCCAAAUCCACGGGCUUUCGUGCUGGCCCGGGCCGAACUGUCGUGUCUAAUGCUAAUUUUACUAAAUUUAGCGUGUUUUGUCGUGUCGUGUCUUGUCGUGUUUUUUCCAAAAAAAUUAAAGCCCAGACCCGACCCGACCCACGACUUCGUGCUCGUGCUCGUGCCAGAUCGGACUUUUUCGUAUCGGGUCGGACUUCGAAUCAGCCCGGGCCACAGCCAUCUUUACUAUCAGAGCACUAGAGCCUACUUAGCAUUUGGACAACGAAUAGCUUAGAGUGGGCAAAGGAGUGUAACACGUGUUUAGCAUAGUGCAUGCUUCGUAGCGGCGGAAACUGGAACAUUACAUGCAAGAUGCAACACCCAGCCUAGUUUCAGAUUUUCUACUUAAAAAAAUUAAAAAUAUUGGCAGAAAUUACUUUGGUGUCUUCUCCAUCGUCAGAGUUUCUCUUUCUGGCUUAGGCAACUGAGUUAACACUCAACAGAAAGAUGGGUGGUCAGAGGAUCGCACAUGUAGCUUCCAAGAAUCCGAGCGUAAUAAAGGAGAUAAUAUAUGGAAUAACCCUCGGCAUUGGGUGUGGACUGUUAUGGAAGAUGCACCAUUGGAAUAAUCAAAGGAGAACCAAAGAGUUCUACGACUUGUUAGAGAAGGGUCAGAUUAGCGUUGUGGUAGAAGAUGAAUAAGAGGUUACCACUACUUGCUGGCUUCCCCCACUUUGUGCUGUCUGUUUGCUUUAGUAGUUCAAAUUUCAAAAACAUUGGAAUGAGUACUCUGUACUAAGGAUUUUUAUUUUUGUUUUAGAUAUUUUAGGUGGAUGCCAAACUGUGUAUGAGAGAGCUGGCUUGUAAAAUAUUUGGGAGUGGCUCAAGUAAAAACUUGCGUAUCUGA